AUGAGCACCGAGGAUGUUUCCCAGGACAUAGGAAAAAGAUUCAAAUCUCUUCUUUCAAAAAGAAAGAAGCUUAGAAAGCAGAUUCAGAGUAUCGAAAAGGAAAUGUUCAAGUACGAAACCGUGUAUUUGGAAAUGACCCAAGGAUCUCCUCUUACUCGGAAUGUUGAAUACUAUGUCUCAAACAGGACAGACAAGAAAAAGCAUAAUGUUGACGAUAGAAUGAGGAUAUUCAACAAAAACUUUCCUAGGGUUGACUAG